UUAGCGCUAUGCUAAACUAAUUCAAUUCAAGAAGCAACAGGACCUUCCUUGGAAAAGGGUCAACAUAAAAAUAAAAACCCUGGUAGAACCCUGGGUUUGGUUUAGAAUCUAUCGAAACACACAUCAAUGGAGGAAAAAGACGAAGGUAUUCCGAACAGAGAGCUCUAUGCUUUGCUUAACAUCUCCCCAGAUGCUUCUACCGAACAAAUCCGCAAAGCUUAUCGCCAGUGGGCUCAGGUCUAUCAUCCUGACAAAUACCAAGCUUCUCAUAUGAAAGAAAUUGCUACAGAGAAUUUUCAGCGGAUAUGUGAGGCAUAUGAAAUACUCUCAGAUGAGAACAAAAGAAUGAUAUAUGAUAUCUAUGGUAUGGAAGGUUUAAACUCUGGUCUAGAACUUGGACCAAAGCUAAAUAAAGCUGAAGAAAUAAAAGAAGAACUUGAAAAGUUACGUCGCAGAAAGGAACAGGAAAAGCUGGCCCAUAUCCGACCUACUGGUUCUAUUAUGGCCAAUUUGUCAUUGCCAGACUUUUGUGAGGGUGAUGGCAUUAUGAAAGGAAUGGCCAUGGCCAGUGAGGUCCAAUCUCAAAUGUCCAAACGCAUUGCAGUUGCUAUUGGUGGGAACUUAGCUGUUACAGGCAACUCAGGCGGUGGUGCUGCCACUGCUGUACUUAAACACCAGAUAUCAUCAGUUGCUUCCAUUGAACUCAUGGCAUUUGCUGGUUUGCGUUCAAUUAUUGGUAUUGAAACGACACGCCACUUAUCACCUCACUCCUCUGCCACUGCGGGACUUGCAAUGUCACUAAAGGAUGGAUCUAUCAAUCUUUCUAAUUUAUGGACUCGCCAACUGUCUCAGACUUCAAAUGGCAAUAUACAACUUCUUCUGGGUACAGAAUCAUCUAUUGCUGUUGGAUGGCAGAAGAAAGAAGAGAAAAUAUCUGUUGCUGGAGAGAUAAAGUUUGGCACCAGCUCUUUUGGGGCAUCAGCUCAUUAUACACACCGCUUUUCAUCUAAGUCUCAUGGGCGUAUAACAGGCAGAUUAGGAAGCAAUGCUCUUGAGUUCGAAAUUGGUGGGGGACGUAGAAUAUCUGAUUUCAGCACAGUGCGGAUGUUGUAUUCUAUAGGAAUUCAGAUUUUGCUUUCCAGGUAUAUAAAUCCUUUUUUUGCAGCAGGGGCAUUUGCUAUUCCGACAUCCCUUUAUUUCGUACUUAAGAAAUUUGUUGCCAAACCUUAUUACCUUAAACGAGAGAAGCACAAGGCAGUAGAAAUCAUGGAGAAAACCUCAGGGCAGGUUCGUGAAGCUAGAGUAGCAGCAGCAAAGGCUCAGCAGCUGUUAGAAAAUGUGGCCAAUAGAAAGAUGAAUAAACAAAUUGAAAUUGGUGGAUUGAUCAUCACAAAAGCAGUUUAUGGAAGUGCAAAAGCUCUGAAAAAGCUGGAUGAUGUGGAAAAAUCAAGUGAUGAAUUGGCUUCACAAGUUAUUGAUGUUACUAUACCUCUGAAUUUCUUGGUUAAUGAUUUGGGGCAACUACAGCUUCAUGAAGGUGUGAAGAAAUCAGGUAUUAUGGGUUUUGUGACCCAUGUCCAGGAGAACAUAAGAAACUGCUGGUCAGGUACACAUGCAACGGUCAAAACUACCAGGUGGUGGUUGAAGACUGUGAGGAGCUGCGGAUACCCCAGGAAGCUCACAAGCUCUAGACUUUUUCUUCAGUAACAAGAGCAUCAUCACCUCC